GGUGAACUACUCCUGCUUUCAAGUAUGAUUUUCCUGCUGCGGGUGGUGUGUGGCUGCCCAGAGAGGUGCCUCUGUCACUCACCUUCAAAUUCUGUAGACUGCAGCCAGCAGGGUCUGGCUGAAAUCCCUUCCGAUUUGCCUCCUCAGACUGUAACACUGCACUUACAAGAUAACCAGAUAAACCAGCUUCCAGCUUCUGCAUUCAAGUCAGUGCCACAGCUGACAACUUUGAACCUGUACAACAAUUCUCUUUCAAACCUGACCCCCGGAGUUUUCCAUGGACUUCAGCACUUGCGUGUCUUAAACCUAACCCAGAACUCCCUGCAUUCCCUGGAAAGCAGACUUUUCCAUUCCCUCCCACAGCUGAGGGAGCUUGAUUUGUCAUUAAACAAUAUAAGUCACCUUCCCACAUCCCUGGGUAAGCCUUGGGAGAACCUAACCGUACUUGCGAUCCAACAAAACCGGCUUCAGCAACUCGAUAGAGCACUCCUAGAAUCCAUGCCCAGAGUGAGGCAUUUAUUUCUCAAGGACAACCUCUGGGAAUGCAACUGCCACCUGCUCAGUCUUAAACUCUGGCUGGAGACAUUUAUCUACAAAGGGGGAAUGACAGACAGCGUCGUCUGUGCCUCACCGGACACCUGGAAGGGAAAGGACCUCCUUAAAAUCCCUCACGAGCUAUACCAGCCCUGCCCUUUUCCUUCUCCAGACCUGGAGUCCUCACAGGUGCAGCAGCUAGGUGCUGCCCACCGAGCUGUCCCCAGGUCCCCUGAGGGCCACAGCACAGGGGAGCGAAACCACUGGGAGUGUGAGAUCAAGCCCAAGCCGCGGCCAGCCAAUCUGCGCCACGCUGUGGCCACCGUCGUGGUCACGGGGGUGGUGUGUGGGAUCGUGUGUCUCAUGAUGCUGGCGGCUGCUGUUUACGGCUGCACCUACGCAGCUAUGACAGCCCAGUACCACGCGGGACGCUUGGCUCAAACCAGUGAGCCUGCGAAGACAGAAAGAAAAGAGCUGUUUGACAGCUCAACAGCCUGA